AUGAGUUCCUCCUCUAACACCGCCCCCGCUGAUGACAAAGUUGCCGCAGCCCACAAGACCCUCUUUGACGAAGGCAUCAAGCUCCGCACGCAGGUCAAUGGUGCCGAAUAUGUUGAGAAGGCCUUGAAGAAUGGCUCGGAGUUCGCAAGGCCCAUGCAAGAGCUUGUUACCGAAGCUUGCUGGGGCUCCGUCUGGACACGCCCUGGCCUGGAGAAAAAGUGGCGUUCGUUGAUAAACGUGGCAAUGCUUGUGGCCCUCAAUAGGUCGACUGAGCUGGCAACUCAUAUUAAGGGAGCAAUCACCAAUGGGGCUACGGAGGAUGAGGUCAGGGAAGUGCUUCUACAAGCUUCGAUUUACUGUGGAAUGCCAGCGGGGCUUGAAGGAUUUAGGGUCGCACAGAGGGUCCUCGAUGCCACCAAGGAGGAAGGUGGGAAGUAG